UAGGGCCCUCCCCCCAACUUAUGAUUUUAUAGCCAAUAGGUGGUGAGGUUUAUUUGCAUAUUUCCAGUCACUUAAACAGCUGUGGAGUGGGAACCGUGUCAGACUCAAUUCCUCCUUCUCUUCCUCUGCCUUCUCCUCAGAGGAAAUCUGCCUUGCACUCCGCUUUUAAGGGUAACUUGCCCUGAGCCAGACCGCGCUCCAGCCCUCUCUCGCGCCUCUGGUGCAGCCCAGUGUAACCGCCGAUCAGCGCCCUGCAGCUCUGCACAAGUACGCGCCGGGAGAUGGAGAGCAAAGUCCUGCUCCUCGUGGUCCUGAGCGUGUGGCUUCAGAGUCUGACCGCCUCCCGCGGAGGGGUGGCCGCAGCUCGCGGAGGAGGAGAUUUUGCAGAUAUUGAAAGCAAAUUUGCCCUAAGAACUCCUGAAGACACAGUGGAGGACACUUGCCACCUCAUUCCUGGGGUAGCAGAAUCUGUGGCUAACUGCCAUUUCAACCACAGCAGCAAAACCUUCGUGGUGAUCCAUGGCUGGACGGUAACAGGAAUGUAUGAAAGUUGGGUGCCCAAACUUGUGGCUGCUCUAUACAAGAGAGAGCCCGACUCCAAUGUUAUCGUGGUAGACUGGCUCUACCGGGCCCAGCAGCAUUAUCCAGUGUCUGCUGGCUACACCAAGCUCGUGGGAAAUGACGUGGCCAGGUUCAUCAACUGGAUGGAGGACGAAUUUAACUACCCUUUGGACAAUGUGCAUCUCUUGGGAUACAGCCUGGGAGCCCAUGCUGCCGGAGUGGCCGGAAGUCUGACCAACAAGAAGGUCAACAGAAUUACUGGACUGGAUCCUGCUGGGCCUAACUUUGAGUACGCAGAAGCCCCCAGUCGCCUUUCUCCUGAUGAUGCAGAUUUCGUAGAUGUCUUACACACAUUCACCAGAGGGUCACCUGACCGAAGUAUUGGAAUCCAGAAGCCAGUGGGACAUGUUGACAUUUAUCCCAAUGGAGGCACUUUCCAGCCAGGAUGUAACAUUGGUGAAGCCAUCCGUGUGAUUGCAGAGAGGGGCCUUGGAGAUGUGGACCAGCUGGUGAAGUGCUCUCACGAGCGCUCCAUUCAUCUCUUCAUUGACUCCCUGCUGAAUGAAGAAAACCCAAGCAAGGCUUACAGGUGCAAUUCCAAGGAAGCCUUUGAGAAAGGGCUCUGCCUGAGCUGCAGAAAGAACCGUUGUAACAACAUGGGCUAUGAGAUCAAUAAGGUCAGAGCCAAAAGAAGCAGCAGGAUGUACCUGAAGACUCGCUCUCAGAUGCCCUAUAAAGUCUUCCAUUACCAAGUAAAGAUUCACUUUUCUGGGACUGAAAGUGGCACACAGUUCAACCAGGCCUUCGAGAUCUCUCUGUAUGGCACUGUGGCUGAGAGUGAGAACAUCCCCUUCACCCUAGGGAAAAAGUAUCUCAUCUGCAGAAGGGAAAGGACUCCGCAGUAUUUGUUAAAUGCUAUGACAAGUCUCUGAAGAAGUCUGGCUGGCUCUAGGACGCGGGAUCGUAAGGGCAGGCCCAAGGCUUGUCAAAAAAACCCCAAGAUGGAGAACAAGUGCAGUAAGAUGGGUGGCUGUUCUGUCUCCGAACAACUGCUGGCUGGUUGUUACCUGACCUUUAAGGCUAAUCCAGAUGGCAGCUGGCAGAGGAAUCUUUCCAGAACAUCAGAGCUAAGUGGAGACCAAGCAUGUGACCUUCCGUCUCCCCUCCCAAGUCCACAGGACAUGGCAUUUUCAUUCUUCCCUUUGCUCCUCUGUCAGACACCAAGUGCUAAGGGGUUACAGGUGUAAAAAGGGGAAUGUUAGAUCAUGUCAUACAAGUGUGUGACACACAAUGUCUGGAGCUGAACAUAGUCACCUGAAAAUGGAAAAAACAAUCACUUUUUGUUUGUCCUCUUUUCUAA